UCAGGUUGGCAGUGUUUGAGAAUUUGGCUGCUGUUGGCUGUCUCUCUCUCUCUCUCUCUAUGUUCCCCGUAUGUAUUUGCUUAAAAAGCCACAACCUUUAGCUGUUUCCGAAUGCUCACCACAUACUAACUUACACACCCUUAUACUCAAACCUUGUGCCCUUUUGGAUAUGUUUUAAGAUUGGAUUCUAACUGGGUAUUCCUUAUUCUUCACUCCAUUACUUUUCUUAAUUCUCUUUAGAGGUGCCAACAAUGGCUUCUUGUGGCUUAGGUGCUUCAAAUAUUAGAAUUUCGAAGGUGGAUUUCAGCAUAGCAAGAGUUGGUAAUCUGCAGCAAUGUAAUGGGCGUCCUAAUAGCAUAAAAGCGUGGUUUGGCAGGAGAUCACCACAUUGUGCAGGGGUUGCUGCAUCAUAUGAACCAAAGAAAGCAUUCAGCAUAUGUUGUGGUCAAACAGUCGAAACAGAAUCUGCUACGAAUAGCAUGGAUGAAAAAGAGACUAAAUCAUCAGGCCUGACAAGCCAACUUCUUCCAAAUUCAGCUGAGGUUGAAUCUCUGAUCACAGAAAUAUGCAAUUCAACUUCUAUUGCAGAGUUUGAAUUGAAACUUGAUGGAUUUCGGCUAUAUGUGACAAGGGACUUAACUGAGAAAAGUAAACUUCAACCGCUCUCUGCUUCUGCUUCAGCCCCUGCUCUUUCUCCUCCCCCUGCCCCUGCUGCUGCUCUUGCUUCAGUCAGUACGGAUGCAACUACCGCAGCGCCUGAUCUAAAUGGGUCAGUUUCUUCUACAUCCCGAGCAAUAUCCAAAUCAGGAUCCUUUUCAGGGGGGGUCCAGUCAAUUCUUGAUAGGGCUGCAGAUGAAGGCUUAAUGAUACUGCAGUCUCCAAGGGUGGGCUUUUUUCGAAGAUCUCGAACUAUAAAGGGAAAGCGUGCUCCCCCAUCAUGUAAAGAGAAGCAAAUAGUGAAAGAGGGUCAAGUACUGUGCUACAUUGAACAGCUGGGUGGCGAACUCCCAAUUGAGUCUGAUGUAUCCGGUGAAGUAAUCAAAAUACUACGGGAGGAUGGAGAACCUGUCGGAUAUGGUGAUGCUCUCAUUGCAAUUCUCCCAUCAUUUCCUGGGAUAAAGAAGCUUCAGUAGAUAAUCUAAUUUAUCUUUGCAGUUUAGUGGUAAUCUGUACACAGGGUUGAUACUAGCCAUUGAUAAGUUUUGAAGUUUUGAAGUUUUGACAUUGCUCGGUGAAAGUAAUCCAAUAACAGAACUUUUGUUGGAUUUUGCUGCAAAAA